AUGAGUCCCCCCAACACCUUUGCCAAUGCUUCCCCGAGCUCCAAUCCCGUCAGUGCAAGCGCCAGCACCCGCACGUCCACCUCCGAGGUCCGGUCGCGUCAACGCCGCUUCGUCUCGUUGAUGGAUGGAGAUGAUAGUACCAGUAACAGCAAUAUCUCCUACAACAAUGAUCUGCAACAACUCUCCUCUGCCAUUCCGGAAAUUGGGGCCACGAGAUCCAGCGGUGCCACUCCCUCGCCCUUGUCGUCCCGUGGUGUUUCGCCCCUACCCAUGAUACGCCCCUCCCGCGCCACCGAGUCGUUCAAUCGCGGCUUCCGCAGCGAAAACACAUCUGCUUGGAACACAUCGCCAAAACAGUCAUCCUCGCGCGGGGCGGUGGAUUUCUUGGACUCGUCAUGGUCGUCCCUCCAGAACAUGGCCUCUUCCGUAUUAGGGGGCGACAUGGGACGAAUAACACCAAAUAGCGCCGCCCAGGGACUUUCACGGAGGAAACCAUCGAGGCCAGAUAUAUACUUUAACGCGCCGAGAUCAAGCAGUUCUACAUGGGGUCCCUCGGGGCGUUCAACUCCGGAAAUCGGAGCGGGUACGAAGGAAGAACGACAAGCAAUGGUGCAGGCGAAGAAGCGCGAGGCUCUUUUGCUUGCUGACACCGGUCCAACCUCGAGCCGCGAUCUUAGGCAUAAACGAAGGAUUUCCGAAGACUUUCCAGAUCAGGCGCCCGACCCAGAACAAGACGAUGAGGCAUUGGCAUACGUUCACAAUGUACAAGCAAUUGACAGCAUCACGGGCGUGACGAUCAAAUAUGGCUGUCAAGCUGCGGUCUUCCGGAAGGCGAACGGUUUCUGGCCAAAUGAUGACAUCCAAAGCCGAAAUACGGUUCUUUUGCCCGUCGACGCAUGCACAGUGAAAGGCCGACCUGUUCAACCCAGGGACAGUGUGAAUCUUUUGGACGAGUCGUCUGGCGAUCCACUUGAAGACACCAAAGACAGCUCUAUUGUCCCGCUACCAUCACCUUCUCCCGCACGAACAACCUUCUCUCGCACAUCUGAGUCGGAACGAAAUCGGACCUGGAAACAUGAGUCCUGGGUACAAAUAGAUGGGUUUCCUGCACCGGUGGAGAUUGGUCGUGUUCCUCGCAGGUCAUUAGGAUUCUUUCCUCGCACGCGGCGAAAAUCGACCCCCUACACAGACAUUGAGCCAUCUGGCUCUUCUCGACAAAGCCCCCGACUUCCCUCCUCUCCUGGAUUACCGCGAUCUUCAGUAGGCAAGCUGCCCGGGACUCAACCCCGCGACGAGCAACCAAAGCCAACAGGCCCCUCAUAUCCUACCCGUCCACGCCAUCUCCGCCAGCGCAGCAGCAUCCAGCUCACUGGUACGGGAGUGGGCACUCUUGAUCGCACUUCAACUGUCCCAGGGCCUGCUUUGGACGGUCUAAGCCGGUUUUUCGCACAACAUAUGCCAACCUUAGCUCCACCUCCACCACCCGCCAACGUCCGAAGAUCCUCCUUCGAGUCUGCAUCAACAGUGACCUCCACAACAUCGACCGGCCUAGAGAACAUCGGCGGCGCCUUCGAAGGCUGGGUCCGAAAAGUCACCACACGCGCCAAAGCCGGGAUCACGGAGCUGCAACAAGGAUCACCGAACCAGCGAGCGUACGAUCGAGGCCGCCAAACAGGCAUUGGAGGACCUGGCGAUCUGAUCGAGCUAGACGACACUUGCUCCUUGGAUGGCCGGAACUCCCCGGCCUCCUUUGCCCACGUCCCAACAUCCGAUCUGCAGGGCGGUGCCUCCUUGUCCUCGUCUUUCCGCUUCGCCAGUCCCUCCGUGUCUGCGACGAGCAGGUCUCGCGCAACAGCGGGCCUUGGAGGUGGAGUUGGGCCGAAUUCGCAUACCUCCGAGCGUCUGAAAGACGACUGA